CUCUCUCUCUCUCUCUCUCUUCAUUAAUCUUUCAGUGUUGAGGACACAGAAUGAUGCAUGAUGAACAUUAAUUCUUCAUCACCAUCACCACUGUUAGUCGCCACCACAUCUUGUCCUCUUCCCUUCCACUCCUCCCCACAUUUAAGCUUGUGCUCACCUCUCUCUCUCUCUCUCUCUGUCUCCCUCGCCACCACCUCCGUUUCUCUUCAAAAACCUUUUGGCCUCGCCAAUUCUUUCGUAAAAAUCCAACCUUGGCUCUUUUGUCGAACUUUUCGGUCUGGUAGUACCACUUGGGGAUGGAAAAAGAGGGAGUUUGGGGCCUAAACUGGCAGUCCGCCGACGCCCUGGUGCCGCCGGAGUUGAAUUCCGGCUCCUCAGCCUCCGGCCAGUUGCCGCAGUGCCUCCUCGAUCUCAAAUGGAGGCAGCCGAUGACCCACGAAGCUGACUUCCAGUCGGCGCUCAGGUCGCUCGUCUCGUCGCCGUCCACUCACCCGGCGGAGCUCAUCGGCCGGCUGGGGGUCGUCUGUAACUCCGGCGAGAUGUCCCCCAGUCCUCGACGCCGCAGCACCCGUCUGAAUUCCCCUCCAAAACUCGAUCUUUCCGUGAUGGAUCGCUCGCACCAGGGGAGAGGCGGCCUCCCGAUGCCGGCGAAUCCAUUGUCUGGAGCCCAUCUCUUCACGUCCUCCGCCUCCCGCAGCGGAGGAAGGAGCUCCGCGGGUUUCCCGGUCCAAUUCGGCCUCCCGGAGACUCCUGGAAACCUUUCAAGGGUCUCGAGCAGCAAAUCCCUAAUGGUAGGUGCAGCAUCUCGCACGACAGCUCCGGAGACCGGCGACGAGGUCGCGAUGCUGAGCCCUGCCCAAAUGGAGAUGGAGCUGAUGUCUAAAAUCUGCGGAUCUCUGACGCCGGAGGAUUCCGAGCUCGGCAAUGGCCAGGACGAGUCGUCGGUCUCCGACCGGGUGACGGCCGAGGCAUCAUCCUUGAGGAACGUCGUCGACAGCAACGCAAGGAAGAGGAAGGCCGCUGCAAAGGGGAAGGGAAAGGUGCCACCUGUAUCCUCUUCUUCCACCGAUCCCCCUUACAUGACAGAGCUGGAGAACUCCGAUGCCAAGCGUCACAAAGCAGCUGAAUCGAAUGGCAAGAACAGUGACGCCAAGCCACCGGAGCCUCUCAAGGACUACAUCCACGUGCGGGCGAGAAGAGGACAAGCCACUGAUGCUCACAGCCUCGCGGAGAGGGUUAGGAGAGAAAAGAUCAGCAAGAGGAUGAAGUUCCUGCAAGAUCUCGUGCCAGGUUGCAACAAGGUGACCGGCAAAGCCGUCAUGCUGGAUGAGAUCAUAAACUAUGUGCAGUCGCUGCAGCGGCAAGUCGAGUUCUUGUCGAUGAAGCUGGCGACUAUGAAUCCCCAGCUGGACAACAUGGAACUCCUCAUUCCAAAACUUAUGUAUCAAGCGCAUGGAACGACGAUGCCGCAGCCGCUUUAUCCAGUGGAGACGACGAGCUUAUCGUUCUCGUAUGCUCAUCGGCCUCAGGCAGCUUCUGGACUCGAAGCACAGUUCUCCAUGGAUGCAUUGGAAUCCUCCUUGAGCCAGCCUCAGAAUCUGCAACCGGCUCCUCUGGAUGUCGGGGAUUAUUGGGAGGAUGACCUGCACAGUGUUGCUCAGCUCGGCCUUGGACAGAACCAGGAGGCUGCAAUCUCCUCCCAGGGUUUCCACAGCCAAAUAAUGCAUGCAAAUCACAUGAAAAUUGAGCUCUGAUUGCUUGAUUUCCGGACAAAAGAGAAGGCCUCUCUGUCUGUAUAUAGGUGAGAUAUUGCUUGGGAGCACAAUCAUGAAAUUUCAUCUGAUGACCAAUUUGUUCUGAGCACAUAAUUUAUGUGAAGACUUCUCCUUGAAGCACAAGCAAAAGACUGAAACAGGUGAAAGUGGGUGGAGGAAUUUAGUAUGAUGAUGAUGUAAUUUUGUACUAUCAUGAGUUGAGAGCUGUUGAUUGUGGAUUCAUGAAGGAGCUCCCAUGCUUGUUUUUGCUGCAA